AUUUGAUACCAUGUAUCUGUUAGAGGACAUCAUUGGUAGCUGAAAGUUCAUGCAGGCCGCCAAGAAUAACCUCCAAAAUAAUCAAUUAUCGAAGAUGUCAGGUGAAAUUAAUCCGAGUGAAAACAAAGCAGGUAGAAGAAAUGAUCUUAUGAUUUAAUCCCGAUGCAUUACAACAUCAAAUAAGAGAUUUUCGUGGUUGUUACUACACCAAAUUAUGGUUUGACAACAGUUAUUUCACUUAAUUUUCCCAAUGACUUUGAAUUGAAGCUAAAAUAUAACUACAGUUGAUCGAUCUGUUGGCUACCAAUCAUGUACAAGGUCAACAAACAAAUCCUAGUCGCUAAAUUUCAAUCUGCUGGGCAUUCGAAAAAUGUCUCUAGGCUUUGGAACUUGUGCUAAACCGAGCAAUGAAAAUGCUAAUGCACGAUUUUUAAAGACAUAUGAACAAAUAGAGCUAUUACUUUCUCAAACAAAGCCUCAGCCAGUUUCCUUGUGUGCAAAAGCUGCCGCUAUUGAGGCUUAUGAUCAUUUAAGGUGUCACCAUUAUAUACCUGAGGCAGAACAGUUAGUGAAUUUAUUGGCCAAACCACAUAUUAAAUCUUUACUACUUUGUCAUGAUGGAAUUGCAAACAAAGCUUAUGGACCAAUUUUACCGCAGAUAUCACCAGAAGUAGAUGAGGAUGAUAUUAGUAUAAAGAUUGUGAAUUUAAUCAAGAAACAUGAACCACUUGGUGUUACAAUAAAAAUCAAUGAAAGAAAUGGAGCUGUACUAGUUGCUCGUGUUAUGCAUGGUGGAGCUGCUGAUCGUACAGACGCCAUUGACGUUGGAGAUGAAAUUCAAGAGAUUAAUGGCAUUGCAGUAAAUGGUCGUGAUCCAAUGGAAGUAAUAAGGAUGUUGACUACGAUUUCUGGUGAUGUGAAGUUGAAGUUAGUCCCGUCAACUGCAAAGAAACAACAACCAGAAAGAAAUCAAAUGCAUAUUCGAGCUUUGUUUUCCUAUAGCCCAAGUUCUGACUCAUUGACUCCAUGUCCAGAAGCUGGUCUUGCCUUUCUAAAAGGUGAAAUUUUGCGUGUUGUCAAUUCAGAAGAUCCAAAUUGGUGGCAGGCUGUAAAAAAUGUGUUAUCACUCAGAACAUCAACACUGAAGCCAUUCAUAAUUUUUGUUAAACCACCAACAUUGGACGUCCUAUUAGAAACACGACAAUCCUACAAAAGUGGUAACUGGAGUACACCACCACUAACAAGAACAACACCGACGAUAUCAUGUGAUACUAGUUCAUUUAUAGAGGCAUCACCAACUCGUUCUGUACCGACAACACCAUACUUAACCAAUCGUACAAUGACUGGUUGUUUUGCCCCAGUAACAAGAAAUCGUUAUAACUGGAAAAAGAAGUCUUGUGAAAUAAGUCACGGGGAGAAGAUUUCCAUCUCCUCAUCUAUGGAUAAUAUACUUGCUAUGGAAAUGAAGAGGAAAAUAUCAAUUUCUGAAACCCAACUUCAUGAAAUGAUUCAAACAGCAGCUCGUUUAGAAGUAACCCAUGGUCACCUAUGGGAUUUCGUAUUGGUCAAUGAUGAUUUACCAGUUGCACUGGAGCAAUUAUCUGAAAUGGCCUAUCGCAUUGAAACAGAAGCAUUUUGGGUUCCAAGAAUCUGGUUAGAUUCAAUACCUGACAGUUAUAACCCCGAGAAUAAUGGAUUGUGUGUGGAUGCUGCAGUAGGCACAAUGACUACAGCUACUGUACAAUGAACAAAAAGUUAUCAAUAUUAAGCAACAAAAUGUCUUUUAGACUUUUUUUCCGAUCAAAAGUGAUCAAGUAAUUGUGUGUGCGCAUAUGAUUUUCCAUUCUGAUCACUACACUGAUUAAUCACGCAGUUUGUUUACAAAAGAUAUUUCAGACAAUCUGAUACCAGAAGUUUUCUACUACAUUAAAACAUUUGUUUGAAGAUCAUACAGUUUCAUACAGAAUGGAAAUCCUCAACCAAUCUAUAUAAUGAAUUGGUUUUUAUACUUUAUUACAUUCUUUUAUCAGUCUGUUUUUCAAAUAGCUUAUUCAAUAAAAUCGAUUUUGAUCAUUCUGUA